AAAAUAUAAGAAAUGCCAAUAUAAAUAAAAUUUUAUAUAAUGAUUUUAAAAAUAAAAAAAAACAUGAUGAAAGCAUAUAUACUUCUCUAAUUGAAAAUAGUUCAUCUCAUAAAGGUGAAACAUUAAAGGAAAAAACUUCAUAUAAUUAUGUAAAUGAAAAAUUAAUUAAUAAUGUAAAAAUAAAAAAUAAUGUAAAUGAUGAUAAAUCAUCCAUGAAUAGAUGUAGUUAUAUUCCUGUAGUAACUGAAAACGUUUGCCAUGAAGAAAAUAUUUUAAAUAAAAAAAAAAAAAAAGAAAGAUCUUUGAAGACAGAAUGUUCCCAUAAAAAUGAAGAAAAUCGUCAUAAAAAAAUUGAAAGAGAAAAUAUUGGAGAUAUUAAUAAUGAUAAAACGAGUAUGAAUAAUAAUUUCAAAAAAGAUAAAUAUACAGAUGAUUAUGAUGAAGAUGAAGAAAAAAUUGAAAAAUUAAUUAAAAAUAUUAACCUGAAUGUAACAAAAAAUUCUUCUUAUUUAGUUUCUUUUUAUAACAAACUUAAAGAAGACAUGAAUAUAAAAAAUUAUGAUGAUACUAAUAAUUACAAUCUUAAAAAGAAUAAUGUAGAUAUAAUAAAUAAAAACAGCAAAUUGAAAAAAUUAAAAUUGUGUAAUAUAGAUAAAUUAAAAGAGUUAAGUGUUGAAAUAAAUAAUUCUGAAAAAGAAAAAAGAAUAUGCAAUGAAGGAAAACAAAUAAGUAAACUUAAAAUGGGAAAAACAAAGCUUGUUAAAAGUGAUUACUUGAAGAAGCAUAAAGAAACAGAUGAAAUUAAUAAUGAAAUAGAAGUAAAAGAAAAAGGUAAGAUAUGGAAUAAUGAACAAAAUAAGGAAAAAAAAUCUGUUAUAUAUGAUAAUGAAAAUAAAAGUAAUAUCACUGAAAACAUUUAUACUACUAAAAAGGGAAAUGAAAAUUCUACAGAAAUAAAAAAAAAUUCUUUACUAAACGAAUCAUGUUUUAACUCAUAUCAAAAAAAAAAUAACAAAUUAACAAAAAAAAAUAUUAAAAAUAACGAUAAAAACAGUUUUUAUAACACUCAUAAUAGCAAAUUUAAUAAAUUAAGUAAUAAUUUGAAAAAAAAAGAAGUAAAUGGAGAAGGGAACGAAGUCAUCUAUUGUUCAUCCACUUUAAAAAAUAAAAAACCAAAUAAUAUACUUAAGACGAUUUUAAAUAAGAAUAACGAUAUUGAUAAAUCUACUUUAACAAGUUUUUCUUCAAUUGGCAGUGAUAUCUUUGAUAGUGACUGUGAAGAGAAUGAUGAACCCCAUGAAAAUGAAAAUAAAGAAAUAUCUGAUGUAGUAAAGAAUGACAAAAAUAGAAAUGUUGUAAGAAACAUCAUUUCAGAUACAUUUUUAGAAAAAAGAGAAAAAACUUUUCACAAGAAUAAUUCUAAUCUUAAAAAGUUUGUUUUUACUAGAAAGGACUGUUAUGAAUUUAACAAAAAUAAAAAAAGUUUAAAUAAUGAUAAUGUGAAUUGUUACAACGAUAAAAUUAUAAAUAGGAAAUAUAAUAUAAUUAAUAAUAACAAAGAAAUUAAGAAAAAAGAGAAAAUGAACUCAGAAAAAUCUGAAGAUAAAAAAGGUGAAAGAAAUAGUAUAAAAUAUGAAUAUGAAGAUGAAGAAGAAUAUGAUUAUAAAGAUGUACAGCAAAAAGGAGAAAAAAAUAUUAAUAAUUAUAUGAAAGACAACAUUUUGAAAAAAGAAAAAAGAACAAAGGAUGAAAUAAAAAAUUUAAGUAUAAAUAAUAGAAACGAAAUAAAAAUAUGUGAAAAGAAUAAAAUUAAUGAAACAAAUGGAGAUUCAAAAGAAAAAAUAGAAAAUAAAAUAUAUGAAAAAGAUAAGAAUGAAUGUAAAGAAUAUGAAGAGAAAGAAGAAAAUGUAAUAUCAUCCGAUAUUAAAAAAAAAGAGGAUAUAAAAAAUGAAAAAGAAAAAAAUAAAGAAAUAUUCAAAGGUUUAUUAAAAAUUGAUUUAUAUAAAGAUGAGAAAACAGAAAACAAUAACAAAAAUAAUAAAACUAAUAACUGUGAACUUUUAAAUUCAAAAACAAAAAAACCAAAUAAUUGUUCAUCAUCUCUUAAAUCGGAAUCUACAGAUGUAACUGAAAGAAACACAAACAGGGAAAACAUUAGAAAAGAUAAAUUUUUACUAAAAGAUUAUGUUUAUGAAAAUAAUUUAGGAAAUACAAAUAAUUUAAAUGAAUUAAAAAUUUCAAAAGAAAAUAAUAUAUGUGCUUAUCCUAUUAUUUUACAAAAUAGUAAUAUAAAAAAUAUAAAUGAAAACUUAUAUAACGAAAUUUUUAUAAAUAAUAAAAGUAAUUUUUUAACCAAUAAUCACAUAUCAUCUAUGAAUAAAACUAAUUUAUUAGACAGUAGAAAUGUUAGCAUAAAAAACACUGAUAUCAUAAACAGUAAAAAUAAAAAUGAUGAAGGUAGUGAAAAUAAAAAAAUAAGUAUUAUACCAAGUAAUGAAAAGAAUUGUUCAUUAAAUAGUUUAGAUAAUUCAAAUAAAAUGAAAUCUUUAGAAAAUUUAAACACUAAAGAUAUUAAUUUAACCAAUAAUUUGGCUUUAUAUUUAAAAGAUGUAUGCUUUAAAUUAGGAAAAGAAAAGCAACAUAGUGAUAUAUUAUUAAGGGAAAAUAAAAAAUUAGAAAAUGAAAUAAAAUUGUUAAAUGAGAAUAAACAAAGAUAUAAAAAGAAAAUAAAAAAUCUAGAAAAAAAUUUUAAUGAGAAAAAUAAAAUUACCAAAAGAUAUCAAAAUAUGAAUGAAAAAUUAAAAUCAAUUGAGAAAAUUAAGAUAGACUUACCCAAAGAUGACAUAAAUUUACAAAACAAAUAUAUUGAAAAUACAAUGGAACAAUUAUAUAAUAUAUUUUCUGACACCUUUGGCGAAAAUCAUAUAAUAACCAAAAAAAUAGAAAAUUUAGCAGAUGUAUACAUUAAAAAAGAAAAAAAAAUAGAAAUUCAAAUGAUUGCUCAAAAGAAGGAAUUAGAUUUAUUAAAAAAUGUAGAAGAAAUAGUUAAAAAAAAAGACGAAUAUUACAAGGAAUUAUUGAAAAAAAAUGAAAUUAUCAAAAGCUUAAAUAGCAAUUUAACUGAAAUAACAAAAAGUGUUUCCGAUAUGAAAAAUAGUAUUAUUGAAAAUGAAAGCAAAUCAAAAAAAUUACUAAUGGAAUUAUCAAAAAAGGAUACCUUAUUAAAAGAUUUAGAAAAAAAAAACAGUUUUAUAAUUACUGAAAAAGAAAAAAAAUUUGAAAAAGAAAGGACACAUUUAUUGGGACUCUUAAAUGAUAAAGAAGAAAAAAUUAAAUGUAUAGAACUAUACAAAGAUGAAAUAAAAAGUCUUGAAGAGAAAUUAAAAAAUUAUCUAGAUAAAAAUGUAAAUAAAAUAAGUGAUAAAAAUUAUGAGAAAAUUGUUGAUAAAUUACAUGAUCAACAAAUAAAAAUGCACUCACUAUUAACUCAAAAAGAAAAAAUUAUAAAUGAAAAGAAUAUACAAAUUGAAAAUUUAGAAUCACAAUUACAGUCAUGGGCAGAUGAAGCAACCAAUUGGAUUGUUGUAGCGGACAAACAUACAAAACUUAUUAAAAAUCAUAAUAUAUUAAAAAAAAAUUAUGAAGAAUUAAAGUUUAAAUAUAUAAUGGAUAUGAAAUAUGUUCAAUCAACCAAAAAUGAGAAAGUCAAAGAACUCAUACAAAAAUUUUCAUAA